UGACGCAAGACAGUGCAAACAGAAACGGCCUGAAAGGAAAAACAAAAUCAGACUGGUAAAUAAAAGCUUUGCUACUGUCACGUUCAUUUAUCUUCAAAUAUCCGAAGACUGGACGCUGUAGACGUUUGUUUUAAAGACUGGAUCAAUAGACUGAUCAAACACCUAAUAGCUGUGUUUCGAAUGGCGGCAGCUCCAUUCUUGGAAAAAAAAAAUCUGUCGGGUGGAUUUUCUGCUCCAUUUUCUUCACCAGCAGCCUCCCGCAUGACACACCCACCUCGCCUAACACACUUUCCCACAUGCGCACACAGAACACCCACAAUAAGGAAAACACCGUCCACCAUAAAACUGUUCGAAGUGCCUUCGUGUCACAAACAAAUCACCAUUUCCCAAAGCCCAACCCAUCCUCUGCUCGCACUAACCAUCAGUUUUCAGCACAUUUAUGACUUUACUGCCUGGCCCUCCAGUUCGUUUAGACAGCCUUGAAUUUAAGAGGAUGGGCAUGUGCUUCCUGACAGGUUGAAUUAUUCUGAAUCAUUUCACUUAAGGGCCCAGAUGCUAACUGUCUGUUGUCCUUCACUGAGAAGGCAAUUAAGGUGGCCUGGUGCCGGCUAAAUGCCCCCCAGCUUCUGCAUGGGUGAGUACGUCUUCUUAUCUGCGUCUGUCAUGAUGUCGUAUGGACCUCGCCCCCUGUCUGCCCAUACACAUCCUCCCAUUUGUGGCCACCACCUCUUUUUUUUUUUUUUUUUUUUAGCAUCACCUGUCUCUGUGCCUCAGACCUGCUUGUGCACAUGAUGGCGAGAGAAAGCCGGCUCUUCUGCAGCUACUUUACCGCCUCGGAAAACAUUCCAAACGGAGACUUUGCUGUUUUAAAGAUGUGGUAGAUAAGCGGAGAGGACAAAAGGUCAGCAGUGUGCAUAUUUCCAGGCAAGACUUUUCUUCAACCUUCAAACUAUGUCAUGGUAAACUGGAGGCGGUGCUACCAGUUUAGUGAACUCAUCUGUAGAGAUGCAGCUGGCUGUCAAGGACUGCAUUGCUCUCCUCAUCUACAUCUUGACCUUUCUGCUCGGCCUUCCCGCCAACCUGCUCGUCUUCUUUGUGUACAUGCGCAAGGCUCGUAAACAUGGUGCCACACCCAACGUGGUCUACGCCCUCAACUUGUGUCUGGCCAACUUGGGGCUGUUAGUCUGGCUGCCUGUCAAGACUCUGGAGACUUUGCUUCAGGACUGGAGGCUGCCUGCUCCUGUGUGUCUUGUCUACAACUUCUUCCUCUUCUCGUCCCUGUAUGGCAGCUGUCUGUUCAUCACUGCUGUAACAGCGGGCCGUUACUUCAGCAUAGCAUUCCCGAUUACCUACAAGAGAUGGCGCUGUGCUCGUAACUCCUGCAUCAUCAGCGGUGUCUUGUGGCUGUUGGUGGUGCUACACCUCAGCCCUGGCGUGGUGGUCGGAGAAGGGGGUUUUUUUGUUUCCACAGGUAAUAACUCCUCAGUUUGCUAUGAAGAUUUUAGUGCGUCUCAGCUGGCCGUGCUGCUGCCACUCCGCCUGGAGAUGGCCAUCGCCCUGUUUCUUUUGCCUCUGAUUGUGUCAACUUUUUGCACGAUGCGCUGCGUCACGCUGGUGUGGCGCUCAAAAUUGUCCCCCAUGGGAAAAAAGAGAGUGCUGGCUGUUGCGCUGUCCACGCUUGCUGUGUUUGUGGUUUGCUACGCACCCUACAACGCGUCACACGUCGUGGGGUUUGUGAUGGGGGAGAACGUGAAGUGGAGGACGUACGCUAUGCUGACGAGCACCUGUAACGUAUUCCUGGACCCUGUGGUCAUGCUGAUGCUAUCUCCAGUCAUGUCAAGAGGCAUCUUGGGAAGAAUCUGUGGACGGCAAAGCCAGUUCAGCCACAGGGGGGGUUCUCGGUACCAGUGUAAAGCCAUCAGUUAAGCUUCAAAAGUUAGACCACCAACUGUCCCAUCUGAGGGGAGCAAACCUGGGGCUUAGAUGACCUGAGAGUGUCACAAACAUUUGGUCUGAUAUGACCACCCUUCAUGUACCAGUAACCUCUGCAAACAGACCCAGUAAACCUCCUCCACACUGACUGUCCAGCUACAUGAAGUCUGUUAAUUCAGAGCUGACUGACUUCUUUAAAGCUUUGUGUCGUCAGGCGUUAACGACCUGUUUAGACCAAAUGUUUCUAAAGAAAAGAGAUGAUGUAAAAGCCUGUUUUGCAGACUGAAUACAGCUGUGUGGUACUGCUGUGUCACAUGUAAUGUUUUGCUGAUCCCGGUUUUGGAUUAAAAUGACGUAUGGAUAGUAUGUGAAAUCAGGCACAGGCACACUGUGUAUGUUUAAACAUUUUAUUUCGAAUUUCAUGAGGAAUGUUUAUCGGCUGAUUUUAAAUGGCUCCAUCUGGUGUCUCAAGCUGUAAAAGCUCACUUUAAAAUGUGUCAUGUUUUGGAAAGUGUUCAGCAUUAAAAGACAUUUCUCACAGGUGAAGCUAAUCACAACACCGCUGCUUUUAUUUUCAGUGGCAGAAUUGUGUUUUUGGUGUCAGGGUUACAAUUAGAUUAUGGUUAGGUUUAGUCUAAGGGUCAAGGUUAGGGUAAAUGGCUGGGGAAAGCAUUAUGUUAAAAACAUGUCCUCACUAAGAUAUGAAAACGAGUGUGUGUGUGGCGUGUGUGAUGUGUGUUCUGUGUAUGUGUAUGUGUGUGUGUUUUAAACUGCUUUUUGAUAAACUUUAAUUAUCAAAAAUAUGAUGUCUGAAAUUAAUUACAUUUAAAUGAACAUCAUGAAUUUUUUGUUUGUGCAUAAAUUGAUCAGAUCCUGAAAAGUUGUGUCUCUUGACUAAUAAAGCAGUGCGUUUACGAA